UCAUUAGACAGAAAAGACGAACACAUGACAACACCCAAGCAUCCAUCAGCAAGACACAGUGACUGCUGCACUGGAAGCGGAUACUUGUUAACUUGUGAACUACAACAGAAACAAAGACACCAUGGCAGACCAGCUAAUAUUUGCUCAGGAGAACCGUGAGCGGAUCCAGGCUGUAGAGAACUCAUUUGGACCGUUGAGCAAAACCUUGUCCAAGCUGGAUCGAGUUCUGAUCGGAGAGGGCCGGCUGAUAAAGCAGAGCCGACGGGGGCCACAGCCUAAGGCUUUCUUCCUCUUCAAUGAUGUGCUGGUGUAUGGCAGCAUCAUUCUGCACAGCCGCUGGCACAAUAAACAGAAGAUCAUCCCUCUAGAGGACAUCCAGUUGCAAGACCUGGAGGACGGCUUGAGAAUGAGGAACCAGUGGCUGAUCCGCACUCCACGGAAGUCCUUCUACGUGGCAGCUGAAUCUUAUGAGGAGAAGCAAGCCUGGAUCGAACACAUCGAGGACUGCCAGAACAGACUGCUGCAGAGCGGUAGGCGCACACCCACUUCCAUCUUUGCCAUUACCUGGAUUCCAGACCAGGCCUCAGCCAUUUGCAUGCGCUGCUCUGAUAGGUUCACCAUGACCCAGCGUCGACACCAUUGCCGAAAAUGUGGCUUUGUGGUCUGCGGUGCGUGCUCCAAAAAGCAAGCACUGAUUAGACAUAUUCAUCCAACAAAGCGGUUGAGAGUGUGCGACAUAUGUCACCCAAGUCUCCUGAAGGCAGAAGCCCAAGAGAUCAAUCGUCUGAGGGGGGACAGCACAGGAAAGUCAGGCUCAGAAGAAGACUUGGAGGAGUUCAGUGAGGAGGACACAGAAGAAGAUCAGGUGGAGGACCACGAUACCAGCAGGUGGAUGAAUUGUGAGAUGGGCUCCAGGUCCACCUAUGUUUUCCUCAAACCAGAGCAUGUGAGGCCCUAAACUAUAUCACAUGGGCUGCAGCCACACAGACAAAACCUGUGUAGGACUUCUUUACAUGGACGUGGGCCUAUCAAGAAACAUGGACACAAAGCUGCUAUAGCUAGGAACAGUGGAUGCAUGUCAAAAGGCAUUUUGACCCA